UUUUUCUAACACAGGCUAUAUAUAUAUAUAUACACAUAAAGAUCAGUGAGUGGCCACAUGGCAUCAUUUCAUGUGUAUUUGAACAAGGUCUAGAAGAAAAAAAUAUAUUCGCAUUUGCUUUACAGCCUCCAAAUAUUCCCGGAGAAUUUGUCCUAAAUUACUUUCUUGCUUGCUUUGCUUACCCUAUAAAGAAUUAAAACCAGCCCCCAAACUCUCUCCAAAACAAAGUUCUUCUCCUAGGCUGCAAUGACAAGUAACACCAUUAAGCUUGAAAUUCAUACUAAUGAUAAAACGCCUCAGAAAUGGAGUGUGGCAUUGACCGAAGACGUGUUCAGGAAGUUUCUGGCUCAGGGUAGUCCAGCAGUUCAUAAGGUAUUUGGGGAUGGAUCAUUGUUCAGUCCAUUCUUGUUUGGAAAAUAUUUUGAUCCUUCCGAUGCAUUUCCUCUAUGGGAGUUUGAGUCGGAUAUCCUACUGUCAAGUCUUCGGAGCUCGGGUCACUGCAGCGUCGAUUGGUUUCAGACAGAUCAAGCAUAUGUACUAAAAGCACAACUUCCAGGAAGUGGGAAAAGUAAUGUACAAAUCUAUGUUGAUAAUUGGAAGGUGAUGGAAAUUAGUGGAGAGUGGAAGCAGCAGAGAGAGAAUAAAACGAAGGAUUGGAGAAGUGGGAAAUGGUGGGAAAAUGGUUAUGUCAGAAGGCUUGAGUUGCCAGAAGAUGCAGACUGCAAAAAGAUGGAGGUAUACUUGUACAAUGACAUAUUCUUAGAAAUCAGAAUUCCAAAGAACAGCAAUCUGGUUUCUGAUACUCAAGCUAGCGAUGCAGCAGGAAAAAAUUCUGAGCUCAUGUAAAUUGAAUAUGAUGACUGUGUCACAUGUUAACCAUAACACUAUGAAAUUCUUGAUAUAAUCACCAGAAAAUACUUCACCUUAAUCAUAACAUAGUCAAAUUAUUGAUCUGAUCA